CGCAGACGCGCUGCACUCUAAUGGUGGACAUGUCUGCUGUAUAAUCGUCUUUUUCUGCGCUGUUUCUCUGCGUUUGUGCAAUCGACAGCCCUCGGCCGAGCCGUCAACACCGUGCAAUUGUCAGAAUGGCUUCAGACUCAGCCUCACAGAGCUCCCAGAUUCCUGGAGCCAGGAUCAUGACAUUUCAUCCCACAAAAGACGAGUUCAAAGACUUCAACAGAUACAUCGCAUAUGUGGAGUCACAGGGGGCGCACAGAGCCGGGAUUGCAAAGGUGGUGCCACCAAAGGAUUGGAAGCCGCGGCAUACGUAUGAUGACAUCGACGACCUGGUGAUUUCCACCCCAAUUCAACAGGUUGUGACUGGCCAAUCAGGGCUCUUCACACAGUACAACAUCCAGAAGAAGCCAAUGACUGUCCGCGAGUUUCGCAAAACUGCCAACACAGACAAAUUUUGUAAUCCCAGAUAUGCAGAUUUUGAUGAACUUGAGAGAAAAUUUUGGAAGAAUUUAACGUUCAACCCACCAUUAUAUGGGGCAGAUGUCAGUGGAACUCUCUAUGAUCCAGAUGUGACGGAGUGGAAUAUGGCCCAUUUAAACAGUAUUUUGGACACUGUGGAGAGAGAGAGUGGAAUCACAAUAAAAGGUGUAAACACUCCGUAUCUGUAUUUUGGGAUGUGGAAGAGCACGUUUGCCUGGCACACAGAGGACAUGGAUCUUUACAGCAUUAAUUACCUUCACUUUGGAGAACCCAAGUCCUGGUAUGUGGUGCCUCCAGAGCAUGGGAAACGAUUGGAGCGUCUUGCCAAAGGAUUUUUUCCCGGAAGCGCUCAAAGUUGUGAAGCCUUCUUGCGACACAAAAUGACUUUAAUUUCACCAUCAAUUCUGAGGAAGUAUGGCAUACCCUUUGAGAAGGUGACACAGGAAGCAGGCGAGUUCAUCGUGACCUUCCCAUAUGGAUAUCAUACUGGAUUUAACCAUGGAUUUAACUGUGCAGAAUCCACAAACUUUGCCACACAGCGCUGGAUCGAUUAUGGCAAACAGGCAACAUUAUGUUCCUGUCGAAAAGACAUGGUGAAGAUCUCCAUGGAUGUGUUUGUCCGUAUGUUUCAGCCAGAACGUUACAAACUUUGGAAAGCAGGAAAGGACAGUGUGCCUAUUGACCACUCAAAGCCCACCCCCGAGGCAGCAGAGUUCCUUACUGACGCAAAGCCUGAAAACGAAAAUGGAGAACUCAGGGAAAGCAGCAAAACACAAAGUGAGGAGAAGAAAGGAGAAACAGAGCAUGAAGAGGAGCAGACGGCAAAACCAGAAGGUGGAGAGGAGGAGAAUGCUGAAAGUUUGUCUGGAAAGGAUGUGAAAGGAGAAACGGAGAAAGCAGAUAUAGAUGGUGGAAAGGCAGAGAAAGGAGAGAAGAAGGUUGUUAGCAUUGAGGAGCCCAGCAGCACUUCCGAGCAAAACAGCAGCAGUAGCAGCAGUCCAAAGCAGAAGGUGGGCCAGAAACGACUUAGACCCAGUGCUGAGAUUGGAGGGAAAGAUGUUGAUAAUCAGGUGAUGGCAGAAGAGGAGGAAGUUGAGAAGAAGAAAGCUAAAUUCAGCCAGACUAAGACAGACUACAUGAAAGAACAAGCCAUCUCUGCUGACCCAGGUGAUGGGAAAGCUGAAGAAACCAUGGAGACAGACACACCCCCUCCAAACCAGAAAGGGAAUCAAGCCCAUUCUUGCACGGAGGUGGAGCUCUCUUCAUCCAACCAGCAGCCACACCCCACCUCAAGCAGUGACAUCACAACUCAACCCCAACUAAGCAAUGACAUCCCUCCUCCUGAAACCAGUGAUGUCACCUCAUCCUCACAAUCCAACAACAUCAGUGAUGAAACCAGCUAUGAUGUGGCGCAGAGUAGUGAUGUCAUGACAAAGAGCAGUGACGUCACCUCUCAGUCCGGUGAUGUCACUCAAAGUUGUGAUGUCCAUAGCAAGCCGGAUGACAUCACACAAAUUGUUAAACUCAAAAUGGAGCUCACCGAUGCACGGCCAAGUGACAUCGCACCCCAUUCAUGUUCCAGUGACAUCACUGCUGAAGACCACUUCACUGACAUCAUACCAGAGCUGCAUACCAGCAGUAUGUCUGCUCUGCCCAGCAUUGACUCUGCCCACAUCUAUGGUGUGACCCCAGAUCCCAGCAACCGUACCAUUUGGCCAAAAUAUGAGCCCAGCAUUAAGACCGCCCACACUUACGAUGUCACCACAGAACCCAGCAAGCCCAGCAUUAGCUCCACCCUCAUCUGUGAAGUCACACCAGAACCCAGCUACAGUAUCAUUACCCAAAAAUGCGAGCCCAACAUUAACUCCACCCGCACUUGUGAUCUCACUACAGAACCAAGCAACAGCAUCAUCAGCCCAGAUUGCGAGCCCAGCAUUAUCUCCACCCUCAUCUGUGAUGUCACUACAAAACACAGCAACAACACAGUAAACACCAACACUAUCAGCCUGAAAUGCGAGCCCAGCAGUAGCUCUGCCCACAAUUAUGAUGUCAACGCAGAACCUAGCAACAACUCCAUAAACAUGAGUACCAUCAUUCCUAAAAGUGAGCCCAGCAUUAACCCUGCCCACACUUAUGAUGUCCCCACAGAACCCAGCAAGCCCAGAAUUAAGUCUAGCCUCAUCUGUGAUGUCGCCACAAAACCCAGCACCUUAAACAUCGACAAUAUCAGCCUGAAAUGCGAGCCCAGCAUUAGCUCCGCCCACACUUGUGAUCUCAGUCCAGAACCAAGCAAUAGGAUCAUCAGCCAAAAAUGUGAGCCCGGCAUUAACUCUGCUCACCGUUAUGAUGUUAACACAGAAUCCUGCAACAACACCAUAAAGAAGAGUACCAUCUGUCCUAAAAGUGAGCCCAGCAUUAACCCCGCCCACACUUAUGAUGUCCCCACAGAACCCAGCAAGCCCAGCAUAAACUCCGGCCUUGUCAUCACAAAUCUCAGCACCAACUCUAUCAGCCCUAAAUUUGAGGCCAGCAUUGGCUCCGCCCACACCUUUUAUGUCACUGCAGAACCCAGUGACGACAGCAUCAUCAGCCCAAAAUGCAAGCCCAGCAUUAACUCCACCCACACCGAUGAUGUCACCACAGAAACCAACAUUAACGCCUCCCUUAUCUGUGAUGGCACUACAAAACCCAGCACCCACAUUUUCAGCCCUAAAUGCAAACCCAGCGUAAGCUCCACCCACACUUAUGAUGUCAUCCCAGAACCCAUCGACAGCACCAUCAGCCCCAUACAUGAACUUGCCGAGUCACAGUGUAUUUCUGUGUUGGCGAGCAGUAGUCAGGUGAGCCAGUUGGCAGCCCAGCACAUCUUCCAGAGGACGCUGAGUCCCGCUGAGGUGCUGCAUGUACACAGCUACGCAAAAGGAGAUUACAGCGAGCUGGAAACGCGUAGCAGGCUUGAGAGAGACCAAGACAGCGACUCUGACAGUGAGUCUCAAGAGGAUAGCAAGAAAUCAGAUGAUCAUCCAGUUGAUGUUCAGCAGAGGCUGCCCAGACUUCCCAGACACCAUCCUCUGAUGAAGGACAGUAUCAGUGAUGAAGAGCUACAGGAUCAGGCAGCAUCAGAGGAGGAGGGUCUGGAUGGGGAGGCCUGGGCUCGACCUCUGACCCAGUUAUGGCAGAACAGACCGUAUAAUCCGGAGAGAGAGAGGGAAUACAAUAGAGAGAUGGGUUUGCUGCCACCAUACUGUGCUGUGUGUAUGCUCUUCCAGGCACACCAACAGUCUGAAGGGGGCGAAAGUGAGCCAGCUGUGGUGCUGUCAGGGAGUCAGAUGAGGAGCAAGCCUCUUAUUCCAGAGAUGUGUUUCACCACGAACACAGAAGACAGCGCUGACGUCCACCUGACCACACCUCACCUGGAGGAGGACGGCACCAGCCUGCUUAUCAGCUGCUCACAGUGUAGCGUCCGCGUGCACACCAGUUGUUAUGGUAUCACUCCGGGGAGCGUCACCAAAGACUGGAAAUGUGCCCGCUGUAAAUCUAACGCCCUCACAGAGAAUUGCUGUUUAUGUUCGUUGAGAGGUGGUGCGUUGCACAGAGCCAAUAAUGGCAAAUGGGUUCACGUCCUGUGUGCGGUGGCAGUGCUUGAGGCUCGCUUUAUAAACAUCAGUGAACGAUCGCCUGUGGAUCUCAGUGGCAUUCCCUUACAGAGAUUUAAACUGAAAUGCUACUACUGCAAACGGCGAAUGAAGAAAACAUCAGGCUGUUGUGUGCAGUGUUCUCACGGCCGGUGCCCCACCUCAUACCACCCCACCUGUGCUCAAGCCGCUGGCGUCAUCAUGCACCCGGAUGACUGGCCCUUCAUCGUCUAUGUCACCUGCUGCCGCCACAAAGGGCCGGUCCAUUCAGAGCGUAAUAAAGCAGCCAUGUUAGAGCUCAGUGUGGGUCAGAAGGUCAUCUGCAAGCACAAAAAUGGGCGUUACUAUCAGUGUGAAGUGAUACAGCUGUCAAAAGAGACAUUUUAUGAGGUCAAUUUUGAUGACGGCUCCUUCAGUGAUAACCUUUUCCCAGAGGACAUUGUGAACCGGGACUGUGCUCAGCUGGGUCCUCCACCACAUGGUGAGGUGGUUCAGGUCAGAUGGACGGAUGGGCUUGUCUAUGGAGCCAAAUUUGUUGCAGCUCAUGUCUUUCAGAUGUACCAGGUGGAGUUUGAGGACGGAUCACAGCUCACAGCGAAGAGAGAUGACGUCUACACACUAGAUGAAGAACUUCCCAAGAGAGUCAAGUCUCGUCUGUCUAAGGCAUCGGACAUGCGCUUUGAUGGGAUGUUCGGAGAGAAGAAGGUCCAAGACAGCAAGAGACAGAGAGUGAUCAACUCCAGGUACAGAGGGGACUAUAUCGAACCCGUAAUCUACAGAGCUAUCAUGGAGUAGCCAGCAAUAACACACCUACAGCAAAACCACCAGCACCCAUCCAGACUCUAGCACAGCCUGCUCAUGUCAAUAGUGUUCAGUUUGCAGGAAUCAAAUGCCUGGAUGGGUUUGACCACUCCCUGGAAGGAAUCGCACAUACCCUGAUUUGUCCAACACACCUUUUCUGAUUUUGGCAGGGCAUUCUCACAGUGUCUUUCUCAGACGAUGCAGCUUUGCAGGGUGUGUGAUGACACCUAUUUAACCUCAAUGCUUUGAAACUGUGCCACAAGUCUCAACAUCAACAGCAUCAUAUGGUCUCUAAAUUAAUUAUCAAUGAAAGCAGUAGUUUGUGGAGACUUUCUAAUACACAUUCAUUUAAUAAAGAUUAUUUGUAACCUUCAUUUUAUAAGAUAUCUACUUUUAUCAAUUUGUAUUAAUUUAUUUUACUUUGGGAUUGUUCACCCAAAAAUUUAAUUCUGUUAUCAUAUACUCCACCUCAUGUUGUUUCAAAUCUGUAUGACUUUCUUUCCUUCCGUAGAAAUUGAAAGGACACAUUGGGAAGAAUAUUCACACUGCUUUUUCCCAUAAAAUAAAAAGGAAUGGUGUCCAAGGGUUGUCAAGCACCAUAAAGUGCAUGAGUCAUAUAGACUGUUGUUAUGGUGCUUUUUUAUCAUUUUUAGAGCUUGACAGCAUCUGGUCACAUUCACUUUUAUUAUAUGGAAACAGUAGUGUCAAGUUUCUGCUAAACCUUUUAUUUUGUGUUCCACAGAAGAAAGAAAAUCAUACAGAUUUGGAAUAACGUGAGGGUGAGUAAAUUAUGACAGUAUUUUCAUUUUUGGAUAAACUAUUCCUUUAAUUCAGGGUGCUGUUUCUACCCGUAUUUUACCUAACGGAGGUACCAUUUCCAUUUAAUGGAUACAGAUCUCCUUUUAAAAGAUGUACACAGUCAUAAAUUGAGCAAUUGAUCCUGAAUAUUGUACAUAAUUUGGAACAUAAUGAAUUCAGCUUGUUUUUUCUUUUAGUAGUUGUUUUUUACAAGCGUAUUUAUUACUCGAUGCUUUGCAAAAGCAACUUUUACGAUAUAAUAUGUGUGAGUUACAGUCCUGUUGAAGUUCUAAUUUUGGAAUGAGAAUCACAUAAAUGCAAAGCCCAUACCGAAAUGCCAAGGAUCUUUCUCCCAUUCUCACUUGUACUCUUUUUCAAGACAUUUUCAUUAAUGUAGCUUACUGCUGUCAACAUAUUAUCAACCCUCCCCAAGGUUUUAAUAAGCUAUUUUUGCACUUCUGAGCUGUACUUUUAUGAAUUGUCUUUUUUUCCCUUGCAGUAGCCAAGCUCCAGAGACAAAUACACUUAGGAAAGUUAAAAAGGUCUGUUGGUGCUUGUCUUGUAUUCAGUCUUUAUCUGUCAGGCCGUCUAGCAGACAGCUUUUAGAGGAAAUAAGGUUGUAUGAGUCCCUCAUUUGUUCUAUAGAGGGCUAAUAUUUACUAUAAAAGAAUUAUAAGAGAUUUCUUUUUGUAUUAAGAAGCCUAUUUUAUUGCUUUGUUUUAUAAUACCUGUUUAUUGUUCAUAUAAUGUGAGAUAGAGUUGUAUGUAGUUAAUUUAAAAAUGUUGAGUUCCAGGCUAGCACAUUCUGCUGCCUCUUGUUUUGCUUUAAAAAAUGAGUCUCGUUCUCACCACAUGUGAAUGCAGAGGCUCUAAGCCUUCCAUAUGUAUUUUGUAAAAAUCAUUAAGGUACGUCAUUAAAAGAUGU